CCUUACCUCAGGCUGUAUCGAUCUGUCUGCCGGCGACCUUCCGGGAAACGCGCAAAUUGUGAAAAGAGAAAUAAACAAGAGAGAUCGUGGUGGUGAAAAUGCGGGAUUUUGCAUGAAAACGCUUAACCGGAAGUGGUGUUUUGGGUGUGAUCCUGCGGGUUGGGAUCAUGAGAAGAAUCUCCGAGAGAAAUUUCGUGUGUGGGUGCCUCGUAAUUCUCGUAAUUUACUGCAUCUGGCCAGAUAGGUAUGCCACGCACUACGCGGCCCUUCCGGUGGAGCAAAUGGAGAUGGAGCUGGUGGCGAAGACAACAAAGAAUCUCACAAAUCGCGGUCUUAAUGCCUGUCAGUAUGGGGAUAUCAUUGCCAGGAAUAAGUACACGCUGACGGAGGACUACAUGGCGAAGCUGCAUCAUCCGGGAAGCAUCCGCUUGGGUGGAGAGUACAUCCCAGCUGACUGUGCCCCCAAGUACAGUGUUGCCGUGAUUGUGGUGUACAGGGACAGGGAGAAGCAGCUCCGGCAAUUCCUCACGUACAUGCACAACUUCCUCAGGGAGCAGAGGCUGCACUAUCGCAUCUUCAUUGUGGAGCAAUUCGACAGGAAGCCCUUCAAUCGCGCCAAGUUGUUCAACAUUGGCUCCGUGGCUGCCAUGAAAUUGGGCUUCCCAUGCCUCAUUCUCCACGACGUGGACCUGCUGCCCAUGAAUCUGGGUCAGAUGUAUGCGUGCACAAAGCAACCACGGCACAUGUGCGCCAGCCUGGAUCAAUUUCGCUACAAUCUCCCCUAUUUGGGGCUCUUCGGGGGUGCUGUUGCCAUCGAAGCGAAGCCCUUUGUGGAGGUGAAUGGCAUGUCCAACAUGUUCAACGGCUGGGGCGGUGAGGAUGAUGACUUCUUCAGGCGCCUCCAGGCAAAGGACAUCGAGAUUUGCCGCUUCGAUCCGGCCUACAGUCGCUACACAAUGCUGAAGCAUGCCAAAGAGAAACCCAACGAGGACAGGCUGGCCUUUCUCCGCACCGGGCAUCUGCGCUUCGAUACGGACGGCCUCAAUUCCCUCAUCUACGAGCAGAAGGCCUACAUCCUGCACGAUCUCUUCACACAUCUCCUCGUUAACACGUAGAGGACCAAAUCUCACUGUAGGUGUUUUAUUUUCUCCGCUGUGUAGCGUAAUUUAGCGCUACUACCUAAUGUAAAGAAAAUCUUUAGUUGAAUUUUGUAACAAACUCUCAGAAAGUUUUUUUUUGUUCUUAAGUAUCCCCGAGACUUAAAGCAACAAUUCGCAAUCUCAAUAAAUGAUAUUAUUGUAAUAUUAAAAAAAAAAAGAAAAAAGUUUGUAAAUUCUCGCAAAAUUAUCACGAUUUUUGUCGUUAUAAAACAUAAUUUUCUUGUGUUCACUUUUUGGUGUUGCAUGAAAGAAAAGAAAAAUAAAAUAAAAUGAAGCAAAAGAAA